UUCUCCUGAGACCCUGCUUACCCUAUCAAGUGGAACGGUCGAGUUUCGAAUUUGUACGAACCGUUUGAUUAUUUUCUCUUAAUCACCAACUAGUCGCUAAUCUGGAGAGCACUGAUGGUCUGAAAUUCUUCUCACAAAAUAUAUCCUUCCGAUGGGUCAAGUUCAAAGCGAAGUUGCCGCCGUUGAACAAGGCAAUCAAGACGUUUCACUUAGAAACAAUCCUCAGCCAACUUCAUUCGAAGAUCUCCUUGCAGAAGCAGCAGCAUUUGGGGAUGAUGAGAAUGAGUCCCUUGAUGCAAAGGCGGAGAAAGCACUAGAAUGUCCUUGUGUUGCUAAAUUGCGGAAAGGUCCUUGUGGUGACCAGUUUUCAGAGGCUUUUGUCUGCUUUCUUAAGAGCACUGCCGAAGAAAAGGGUUCCGAUUGUGUUCAUCCAUUUGUCGCUUUGCAGAACUGUAUCAAAGAAAAUCCUGAUGCAUUUCCGAAGGAUGUUUUGGAUGAAGAUGGGAGCAAGAAAGAGGAAGAAUAUACCCAUGAGUACAAAAUCAUCCCUCCAAACUGGGCCAAAGAACCAAAACGCAAGCUUUAAUGAUCUGGAUUUUUUACUAUGAACUCACUGAUGUAUGUCACAUGGUAAAGGUUUUCUUUCACUUCUCUUUCAGAUUUUACUCACACACUCUACCCUACCCCUUUUCCUUGGCGUAAUUGUUAACAAUUUGAUUAUUCUGGUAAAUAAGUGAUUGUUAUGGAAGAGUUGUACCCAAAAAGCAAAAGGAAAAAGAAAAAAAAGAGGAAAGGAUAUUUGUGAAGGGGUAUGGAUAAUACAUUAAUACCCUAAGAUUUACAUUAUGUUUUUAUGUACAAUUUGGAUGUAAUGUAAACCAAAUCUCCAUUUAAUGCAGUUGAAAGAAAUUUUACGUUU